AUGGCGGGAGUUGGAAGUAUUUAUACUCUUCAUUCGAAAGGCAGUAUGAUUGAAGGAAUCGGCGAUGAGGUCCUACUGGGGCUUGUAUCUACAUUAGUACUAAUAGCCAUUGUUAGUAUCAUAUUCAGAAAUCAUGUUGGAAUCAGAAACAUUCAUCCUUUACAAGAGGAACAAGUCCGUCUAGCUCGAGAUAGGUUGGGUGUUGGAAGAGAAGAUGACAGCGAAGAACACCAAUCAGAACACAUUUCCGAGCCGCCACGGCCGUUUUCUGUUGAAAGACAUUGCCCUGUAUGUUUAACGGACGCUAGGUACUUAACAAUGACAAAUUGUGGUCACGAAUUCUGCGCUCCAUGUAUUAUAUCAUAUUGGCGAUAUGGUCGCUGGCUUGGAGCUGUACAAUGUCCUGUAUGCAGGCAAAAGGUCACGAUACUUUUCAAGAACUUUUCUCCUGAAGAGAAUGAAUCAAGUGAAUCAGAACAGUGGAAGAGAGAAAUUCUUGAAUAUAACAGAAGGUUUUCAGGGUUGCCAAGAUCUCUGAUGGAUUACAUAAGAGACUUCCCGACUCUUCUUCGACAACUCCUAAGUGAAUUAUUUUCUGUUGGAGGUCUUGUUUGGGUGUUGAGAAUGAGAAUAAUCCUUUGUUUUCUCGCAGCUGCACUAUAUUUUGUUUCGCCAUUGGACAUUAUACCCGAGUCAGUAUUUGGGUUUCUGGGACUACUAGAUGACUUUCUGAUUGUUUUAUUAUURCUGGUUUAUGUGACUGAAGCUUAYAGACAAUAUGUUGCUAACAGAGCGACAGCAUAAAAUGUUUUUUCAUGUUUUAAUUMAGCAUCRCACAAUCUAGAUUAGAGUACACAGUGAAACAGCUACUUUUCAGCUGUGUCAACAGUCAAUGACACACACCAAGGAACCUUUGCGAUURUUGGUUCRUUUUACAAAYGAUCUCUUCAUUUAAAAUUGCUCUUUGACUGCUUCWAAAUCAAAGAUGGCAAAUUUUCRUAUGUGAGGAAUUGCGGUUCUUGGUGGUCCUUGAAUAUGGCAUUAUUUUGAAUGAAAUUAAUAGUAUUAUAAUCACAAUUAGCAGAAAAGAAUAAGUUAUCAAGGAACAUAACCAUACUGUACAAGAAAUAUAGUCUUUUUAUUGAA